AUGUUGAAAGGAACUGUCAUUUGGGCCUGCGUGCUCACAAUUCUCAGUUUUACAGCUGCUUCAUCCAAGUUUGAAGCUAAGGAUCUCAACAGCGACUCUCAGUUCGUAUUGAAAUCGCUUGCGGAAUUUAGCCAACAAGCCUACUUAUACGAGCCUUUAAGGAUCCAUACUCAGACGAUCGAGGAAUCCUUCAGCGACGACGAAGCCAACAAAAAUUUGCAGUCAGCCUUAGCCACUUCAGCUAAAAUCAUAUCUGAUUUGCUACUCACUAAGCCUACAAAUGGCAAGCUUACGCUUAGCGAGAAUAAUCAAUGCGCAGAUAUCAUGCUCGGUCAGAUGAUCCAAAGCGAAGACUUAUCUGCAGAUAUCACUAUAUUCGCUGUUAACAAUGAAGAAAAAGCAGAAAUUACAACCUCAAAGAUAUGCGAGGUGAGCGAAGAUAAGACUAUUAAGUCAAUAGUUUUGGAAAUUAAUGCUGAAAAACUUAUGAAACUAGAUGAACUUUCACAGGUAAAAGAACUUUGCACUGCAAUCUCUAAAGUCUUAUAUGAAGAUAAGGAAGUAGAAAAGCAAAUGCUGCUGAGUGAAAUGGCAAAAUUCUUAUCAAAAGAGAGAGAAAUUAAGAUAGCUCCAAUACUUGGAGCUUGUGCAGUUGGAGUAGGCGGUUGUGCAUCUUGCGACACUACUAAUACAAAUUGCCUUAUGUGCGAAGCCACCAACUAUUAUCCAAGCGGAGAAAUUUGCUUAGCUUGCACUCCACCAUGUGCAGAAUGUGUUGGAACUGAGACUUUUUGUACAACUUGCUACGAUGCCAUUAACAUGAUAAAUAAUGCAGGAGCUUGCAUUUGCACUGAUCCUAACGCUUCUUUUAGCACAACAUCUUAUACAUGUGUUUGCAAUUCAGGCUACUCUUCAAUUGGAGGAAUUUGCAUUUAUUGUGCGGCACCUUGUGCUACUUGCUCUGCAGGAAACACUUGUUCAUCAUGCUAUGAUGAAACUUAUAUGACAUUAACUGGAGGAGUUUGCACUUGCCGUGAUCUUAAUGCUUCUUUUAGCACAACUUCUAAUACAUGUGUUUGCAAUGCAGGCUACUAUUCAAACGCAGGAAUUUGUAUUGAUUGUGCAGCACCUUGUGCCACUUGCUCUGACGCAAACACUUGCUUAUCAUGUGAUGAUGCUCACAUGACAUUAUAUGAAGGAACUUGCUCUUGCGAUUGAGGCUACUAUUUAAAUGAUGGAAUUUGCACUGCUUGUGUAGCGCCUUGUAGUGUCUGUAUUUCAGCAGAUUAUUGUAUAGGUUGUGAAGAUCCUGACCAUAUGGCUUUAUCUUCAGGAACUUGCAUUUGCAUUGAUCCUAACGCUUCUUUUAGCACAACUUCUCUUACAUGUGUUUGCAAUUCAGGCUACUCUUCAGUUGGGGGAGUUUGCACUGCUUGUAUUGCACCUUGCUCUACCUGCCAAACUUCACCUUAUUUGUGUACAUCAUGUGAUGAUGCUGCUAAUAUGGUUUUAAUGGGCUCAGAUUGCGUAUGCACAGAUAUUAAUGCUUAUUUCAAUGAUGAAUCUCUCACUUGCCAAUGUAAGUCGAGCUACUUUUCAAAUUCAGGAGUUUGCACUCACUGCGAUGCGACAUGCUCUACUUGUUCAGGAUCCGCUGAUUUUUGUACUUCGUGCAGAGAUUCAGCUCAUAUGAUUUUGACUCCGGAUACAGGAGUUUGCUCAUGUAAAGAUCCAAAUGCUAGUUUCAAUGAAAUUAUUGGUAGAUGUCAAUGCAAUUCAGGCUAUAUUUCAGAUUUAGGCUUUUGCGAUGCUUGUGUUUUGCCUUGCGCGACAUGCUCUUCUUCUCUUACGUUUUGCACUUCGUGCGAAGAUCCUACGAAUAUACCCUCUUAUUAAUUUUGUAUUGAUAUAAAUAAUUUUGUUAUUAAAAAUAUGAUAAGUCUUAAAUUUAUUAUUAAUAAAUUAUAAAUAAUAUCGUAAAAAUUAUUUCACUAACUCCACCCCCUCCGUGAGUGAACAAAAAAAUUUUGUUCACUCACGGAGGGGGGUUAAUUUUUUUUUUUAAAAAAAAUUUAUAUAUAAAUUUUAUAAAAAUUUUUUUUUUUUCGAAAUUUUAAAAAUCCUAAUUCACAAAAAUUGGAAAGCAAAUAUUAAUUUAAUUUAUAAAAUUUAUGUUUUAAAAAAACAAUUCGUUUAAAAUUAAACAGAAUUAGCUCUAGACUUCAUUAUACUAAUUAUCAUUUAUAUAUCAAAUUUUUUUUCCAUAAAAAAUUUUUCUAUUAAAAUGAUAAUUUUUGUUCACUCACGGAGGGUGGGUUUUUGAGCGAAAAAUAGGGAUUUUUCUAAUGGUUUUGUUCACUCACGGAGGGGAGUAAGAAAUAUUUAUUUAUAUUUCAAAACGAAGAAGAAGGUAUAUGUAUUUAAAUACUGUUGCAGGGACAUGCAGAUGUUGGGAUCUUUAUGCUUCUUUUGAUCAGACUUCUAAAACUUGUCAGUGUAUUCAAGGCUAUUAUAUGUCAAGCUCAGGAACAUGCCAACCUUGCAUCUCACCUUGUGCUCAAUGCUCUAACUCAGCGACUUUUUGCACAGCAUGCAACGACUUUGCGAAUAUGAACUUAAAUGCGAUCACAGGCACAUGCACAUGUAAAGAGCCCAAUUAUCAGUUUAAUCCAUGGGUGAAAGCUUGCCAAUCUAAUUCUGGCUGCAAUUGCAAUCAGUGCGGCACCAUAAUAAAUAACAUCAUCAAUUUCAACUUCUAA